CCAGAAGAGGAGAUGGAGCGGCCCCCUUUGGUUCCCAUUAAAGGCAUUCCCAUGAUCAAGUACUUCGCUGAGGUCUGGAGUGAGGUGGAACCCUUCGAACCGCAUCCAGAUGAUUUGCUCAUCUCCACGUAUCCCAAGUCUGGAACCACCUGGAUCAGCGAGGUUAUAGACAUGAUCCUUAAGGAGGGUGACACAGAGAAAUGCAAACAAAAUCCCAUCUACGCCCGAGUUCCUUUCUUGGAGUUUAAAGUCCCUGGAGUCCCCUCAGGUAUUGAGCUACUGAGAAAAUCAUCCCCCCCACGUAUGAUUAAAACCCACCUUCCUGUCCAAUUGCUCCCUGAAGCGUUCUGGACCAAGGAUUGCAAGAUGAUCUAUGUGGCCAGAAACGCCAAAGAUGUGGCCGUCUCAUAUUAUUACUUCUACCAAAUGGCAAAAGUGCACCCCGAACCUGGAACCUGGAAUGAAUUCCUGGAGAAGUUUAUGGCUGGAAAUGUUUCUUUUGGAUCCUGGUACGAUCACGUCAAAGGCUGGUGGGACAAGAGGGAGGAAUACAGGAUGCUCUACCUCUUCUAUGAAGAUCUGAAAGAGAAGCCGGGUUUUAAUCCCCACCGUUACUUCCCCUUCUAGGAUCCACAGAGGGAGAUCCGGAAGGUCAUGGAGUUCCUGGAGAGGUCCCCUGACGCCCAGCUGGUGGAGAAGAUUGCCCACCACACCUCCUUCAAAGAGAUGAAGCAGAAUGAGAUGGCCAAUUAUAAGACCAUUCCCACCUCAGUCAUGGACCAUAGUGUCUCCCCUUUCAUGAGGAAGGGAAUCACUGGCGACUGGAAGAACCUUUUCACAGUGGCUCAAAAUGAGAGGUUCGAUGCACAUUACAAGAAGGAAAUGGAAGGAACGACCCUCCACUUCCGGACAGAGAUCUGAUCGCUCCAGCUUCAUAUGG